AUGAAUAUAUCAGCAUCACAUUACGGAUACUUCGCCUUGCAGAGGAACGCGCACUCCGAGUCGCGUGCGGGCGGGUCCUCUCCGGCCGACUUUGACCCCAGCGCGAUGCCGAACGGCAACAGAGUCACGUCGUCAAGGUCCCAGAGCGCCAACAGGACAGCAGUUUUCAACAGAACCGCAGGAAUAUCGUUAGGAGAGCCACAGCGUCUAUUGUCACCGAUGGGACCACAGCAAUGUAACCACAGCCCGACCGCCAACACAGCCCCCCCCCCUUCCAUCUCCAACAGGACCACAGCCCGACCCCCACCACAGACCCCCCCCACCCCACCCCCCCACCCCAUCUCCAACAGGACCACAGCCCGACCUCCACCACAGACCCCCCCCCACCCCACCCCCCCACCCCCAUCUCCAACAGGACCACAGCCCGACCUCCACCACAUACCCCCCCCCCCCAUCUCCAACAGGAUCACAGCCCGACCGCCACCACAGCCCCCCCCACCCCACCCCCCACCCCCAUCUCCAACAGGACCACAGCAGCGCCACAACCCGCCCGCCAGCGCAGCCACAGCAGGUCGCAGCAGCGGCGGCCACCCCCUCCUCCCCCCACCCACCCCGCCCCCCGCCAUCUAA